GAUUCUACUUUGUCAUACAUGUCCAUUUACCAUUUUUGUCUUAAUGAAGUUUGAAGACCUUCUUUCAGAAAUUGAUGGCUUUGGAAGGUUCCAGAAGAUGGUUCUUUGCCUUAGUUUCUUGGGACGUGUCAUUGUACCAUGUCACUUCUUGGUGAACAACUUCAUAGCCGGUAUCCCAUCCCAUCACUGUGACAUCAGUGGUGCUGUGGGGGACUUUGGGAAUAUGUCGGAGGAAGAGAGACAGUUGGUCAUGAUUCCGAUGGAGGCGGAUGGAAAACUGUCUUCCUGUCUCAUGUUCCCAGAGCCCCGGUUUCACAUGCUGCUCAACUCCUCCAGCAGCACUGGGCACCCUGCAGAGCCAUGCAGGAAUGGAUGGGUGUAUGACAACAGCACCUUCACAAGCACACUGGCCACUGAGUGGGAUUUGGUGUGCGAUAAGAAGGGACUGAAUAAAGCCACUGCUACCAUCUUCUUUGUAGGGGUCAUGUUCGGAGCCAUGACCUUUAGUGGUCUGAGUGACAGGUAUGGACGCAGGAAAAUGCUUUUGGUGUCGUACGUGUCGGGGAUGGUCUUUGCGUUGCUCAGUGCCUUCUCCACCUCCUACGUCAUGUUCACUGUGCUCAGGUUCAUGAGUGGCUUCUGCAUCACAGGCAUUCACAUUGUCACCUCUGUGCUCAUUUUGGAAUGGGUGGACAUUGAGAGCAGGAAGUUAGUAAAAGUGAUUGACAGCUUUGCAUGGGCAUUUGGAUUUAUGACACUGCCCGCACUUGCAUUCCUCAUCAGAGACUGGAGGUGGCUGAUUGCGGCCAUCACAGCACCAGUGGUCAUGGGCAUUAUAUCAUGGAGAUGGGUUCCAGAAUCAGCUAGGUGGCUGAUAGCAAAUGGGCAGCUAGACGAAGCUCACUACUACUUAAAUAAGUGUAUUAAGAUGAACCGCCGGCAGGAAAUGGCCUCCUCCAUCAAACCAGAGAAUCUGUCUAAUAUUGUGUUGACCAAUCGAAGGAACAGGAAAUACUCCUAUCUCGAUCUGCUGAGGACUUCCAAGAUGAGAAAACUUGCACUACUUACAGGUCUUACUUGGUACGGAGUUGCCUUCAUCUUUUAUGGCAUCGGUUUGAACAUUACAGGGUUUGGAAUGAAUAUUUACCUCAUACAGUUCAUAUUGGCUGCUGUUGAGAUUCCGGCUAAAGCGGCUAUUUUCUACCUUCUGGACAAGAUUGGACGCCGUAAGACUGAGUGCGGUGCUCUUGUCCUCACUGGGAUAUGUCUUGCUAUCACCGUAUUCGUCCCCAGAGAGCAGCGGGUGGUGAGAACAGUAGUAGCAGUGCUCGCUAAGGGGUGUUCGGCGGCUGCCUUUGCCACUCUGAUUCUGUACAGCUCGGAGCUCUACCCAACUGUGAUGAGGCAGCAUGGCAUGGGCUAUAACUCCUUUAUGGGUCGUGCGGGGGCAGCAGUGGCCCCCCUGAUCCUGCUGUUGGAUGACGUGUGGUUGGGCCUUCCUCAGCUCAUCCUGUGCUGCAUUGCAGUGGGGUCCAGUGUAGUGGCCAGCCGACUGCCUGAAACUCGAGACCAAUGCCUGCCUGAGAUCAUCAAAGACAUCAAAGGAACAAGAGCACCACAAGUGGAAUCCCCUGUCCUCUCUCAUGGAAAUGCAGAGACUGAAGUUGGAGCCUCCAACUUGGAGGAUGAAAAUAACUGAUCAUUUGUGGUGUUUCAACAUCACAAACCUGACUAUUCCUCUUAAAUGCUAAUCAGUGUUGGGAGUAAUGCGUUACAAAGUAACGCGUUACUAAUUCCACUACUUUUAGUGGUAACGAGCAUGUAACGAAGUAUUUUUGUAAAUCAAGUAACGCAAUUACAAUUACUGAAAUUUCAAAGAGUUUGUUACUUGCGUUACUCUGUUGACCUUGAAUGAACGACUGCAGACAAAAUGACAGAUGCACAUUUGCUGCUUCUGAUCAAAGUCUCCUGACCUUAGCUGUGUUUCCAGCGAUUGUAUUUCAUGUUAGAUUGCAGAUGCAUUCUUUACAGUUAAUAGGAGCCUCAUCACAUUCCUCCUUAUUUCGUAUUUAUGCUAAAACACACAAGAGUGCAUUAGGCUACAAUUUAAAUGGGCAUCUUAAAAGCCUUAAAAGCCACUACAGUAAAAGCGCAUUGUUGUUUAUUUUAUCU